UGAAUACAUACUAAUAUUUUCCAAAACUAUAAAUAAAUGCCCAGUAUGCAUUUUAAACUUAAUAUUGCUCAGAACGAUUCGAAGGCAAUAUGUUCGCAAUAAAUAAAUUACAAAUAAUUGGCCUCGUUUUGUCUCUAAGUUUAAUAAGCGACGCUAAGGUAUAUUCAAAAUGUGAAUUUGCCAAACAAAUGAGGAAACACGGAAUUACCAAUAGAAACCAUCUAGGCACUUGGACUUGUAUUGCGUAUCACGAAUCUCGUUUCAAUACCAAAGCCAUUAACCAUAACACUGGAGAUUAUGGGAUUCUUCAAAUAAGUCAUCUUUAUUGGUGUUCUGAUUCAAAUACACCCGGAAAAGGAUGUCAUAUAACUUGCAAAUCACUCCUUGGGGAAGAUAUUACAGAAGAUAUCGUUUGCGCCAAAAAAGUUUACGCAGAACACCAAAGGCUUACCAGAAAUGGUUUUAAUGCUUGGACUACUUACAAAGCGUUUUGCCUUGGUGACCAAACAAAAUGGAUUUCUGGAUGCAAUUUAUACGAUUUGAUGUUAUCAGUGUUUUUUGGUAUUGAUGAUGAUAAUGAUGCUGUUCCGGAAAAUGUUGAGGAAAAUUAUAUUUAUUAAUAUUUAUAAAAUAUUCUUUUGAAAAUACCUUAUUAUUCUAAAGAUUAUAUUAUACUGUGAGCC